AUGCGUUUCUCCUUCCUCGCGCUUGCGCUCGCCGGCUCGGCCGCCGUGACAGUCGCAGAGAGCGAAUACGACCGCCCCGAUCUUGCGGACACAUACUGGGACGUGAGCAUUUCUACACAGUCCGGUCGCCCAGGCUACAGCAUCCGCGACUUCAACGCUACUUUCCAUUCAUCAAUCACCAAUGUCAUUGAGGGAAAGUGUCACUACAGCUUCGUGCCACAAGGAACCAAGACAACUCGCAGGAGCGAUGGCAUGAGCAGCACGACCAAGGGUAAUGGCAAGGUGGAUAUCAGCCAUUAUUGUAUCAAACCCGGAUCGGGGACCUACAGUGGAUGUGGAUACGCUAACGGCUGCGUAUCCACGAAAUGCAACAACGAGAAGACAGGUGCUGCUUAG